AUGUCCUCCACUUCUUUGAAGUUUCUGGUCUAUGGCUGUGCGGCCGCCAUGGCCGUGGCAAGCUCACUGCCUUCAUCGAACUCGAGCGCCACGAGAGCAGCUGUCAAGGAGUUCCCUGAGUGCACCUCGUUGCACCAGAGAAAGUCCUGGACUGCGAUGACAACCACCGAGAAGAAGGCUUACAUUGACGCUGAGCUCUGCUUGAUGAACAAGGCCCCCAAGUUGGGCAUCGCCGGCUCGCAGAACCUUUGGGAUGACAUGAUGUACGCCCACAUCUACCAGGCCAACGUCAUCCACAAUGACGGCCCAUUCCUGCCCUGGCACAGACUGUACAUGCGUGUCCAUGAAGUCUACCUCCAGACUGAGUGCGGCUACGAGGGAGGCCAGCCCUACUGGAACGAGCUGGAGGACGCCGAAGCCGGUUUCUUGAACCAGUCCACCGUCUUCGAUGCGGAGACCGGAUUCGGAAGCUUCAAGAAUGGCGACAAUGGCUGCGUUGCCGAUGGGCCGUUUGUGAACCUGACGAUGCACUUGAACCAGACCAGCAGUGAUGCGAACUUCUGCUUGACCCGCGAUCUCGACCAGGACAGCUUCUACCAGGCCAACAGCACCUACGUCAAUGAAUGCAUGGCCAUCGAGACCUACGUCGAUUCGUGGAACUGUUGGGGCACGGCACCUCAUCUUGCCGGUCACAUGGGUGUCGGCGGUACUAUGCUGGAUGUUGUCUCCAGUCCUGGUGACCCUUUGUUCUUCCUUCACCACACCAACCUCGACCGAUUGUGGUGGGAGUGGCAAUCCGUCAACCUCACCGCUCGUCUCAACGAGAUUGGAGGGCCUGUGGUUGCUUCGGAUGCCUUCCUCACAAUGUCCAACCUCGAUUACCCCGGUGCUGACCUCCUGGACUACAACGGGGAGAACGGCGGCAACGUGACCACCAUGGCUCACAACCUUUGGACUGCGGGACUAUUGCCCAAUGUUACGAUUGCGGAUCUGAUGGAUAUUCGCGGUCCUAUCAGCUGUGCAAUCUACAUCUAA